ACUCCAACUUGGUCAGGUCUUUUUUAGCAGCUCUCUGCAUACUAGCGUCCUCUACAAUCGAGUUUGUAGCGCCCUCUGUGAUUAUUGAGCUGCCAAAUUGAAAUAGAAAUAAUGUGCUAUAGAAGCUAGUAGUAUAUCUAGAAUAUUAAACGAAUAUUCAGGAAAUUUUUCUUCAAAAAGUGUAAAUCUGGACACUUUCAAAGGUCAAAAUCAAUAACUGACUUUUAAAAAUUUGAAAGUUGAUAGAAGAAUUUUUGUGCUUCACCUGUUUCAAAAAAUAUACUAUUUAGUUUAAAAGAUUUGGCCGCUUUGAGCGCAAACGCCCCUUUUCGCUGUUGGCUGUUGGAUCGUGUGGUGUGUGCGUGUGCCUGCUGCGAGUUACUGGAUUUAUUUGGCUUUUUGGCGUUACAAUACGACUGCACGAUGAACUCCUACAUGGCUUUCUUCGCCGCAAUGGUGGCUUUUUCAAUGUUUUCGUCCUGCUCUGGCCUUCAGUGCUAUGAGUGCACCACCAAGAACCACACCGCCUGCGAGUAUGAGCUGGACCCUGCCCGCGCCAAGGCGGCUGGUUUUAUCAAGACCUGUCCCGAGCCGAAGGAGAAAGGAAUGAGGGCACUGUGCCGUACUACGCAUCAGACCGUUCUGGAGGAGGUUCGCAUCAUCCGAAGCUGCGGCUUCGCCAACGACACGAAGGAAUGCUCCGGCUCCCGCAACUCCGAGGUCAUCGUCAACUCUUGCCAGUGCUUCACUGAUCUUUGCAACAGUGUGGGAGUCACUCAGCUCGCUCCGGCAGCCCUUCUGGCCGCGUUUGUUCUCCGCGCAGCGCUGCACUGAGGGUGUUGUAGAGAAAGCUGGAGCGGUUAGAUGAUGUAGGUAGGUGUGUGAAGUGUUUUGUGUUUUAGAAAUGAGAGGGAGACGGUAGGUGGUAUGUGAAAAGGUGGAUAUAGCGUAGGGUGCAGCUGAGGGUUUACCUUGCUGUUUGGAUAUUAGCUGUGGGAUUUCUCUGUGUUUUUCACUGUUGUCUCUCUGUAAGUCAUUAUCCGCUGUCGUAUUCGCAGGAGGGUAUCCCAUUGUAGGUUCCUGCUGGGGAUACUCGCUGUUUGGGAUAUUCUAUGGGUAUCCCGACCCGCUGUGAGUAUCCCGCUGCUCGAUUAUCCGCAGUCUGGUUAUCCUCAAUCAGCUAUCCGUCGAUCCAAGUUAUCAGCUAUCCACUAUCCUUUAUCCACAGCCUGGUGUCCCCUAUCGGUAUCCGCUAUCGUUAUCCAUUGUCUGUAUCCGCUGUCUAAUAUCCGUCAUCCGGCAUCCUCUCUGUACCCGCCGUCGUUAUCCGCCCCUCGCUAUCCACUAUCCCGUUAUCCGCUGUGCCAUCCCGGGUGUCUUCAGCCAGCUGCUGGGGUAUUGUCCCCAUCCAGGAAACGUGUGCAAUGUCAUGAAUCUGAAACCGUGGUGGUGUGUGACUUGAGUGGUGUUCUCUAGCGCUUUUGGCGUCUUUUUCGAGCGUCGAUCUGAAGUUGUGUUCAUUUUUGUCUAGAGAAACAGUAGGAAUCUUGCGGUUUUUAUUGUCAUUUUCUCUAGACUGCGUACGAUGAAGCUGAAGGCAGCAGGAUUUUUACAAACUGAUCAUGUAUUUGCCAACGCAUAUCUCAUUUAUGAACCCAUUUUACUGCUAUUUUAUCAUCCCAGUCUUCCCUGUGCUUUUUUACCUUUUAUAUCGUCCGUCUUCUGAUCUGAAGCUACUUAGCCCGAGUUUUAACUGCGUUCGGGAUGGUUUACCUGAGUGUGUGUUUGUGUGUGUGUGAGAGGUAACAGUCGUGCGUUCUCGCAUCCUUUCGAGCUCUGUAGUGGGGCUCCGUGCCUUUUGCGCAGCUUAUGCCAACCUGCGUUCGUACCCCUGUGUGUGUGAGUGUCUCCUCUGAGAUAACGUCGUGCCGGUGGUAUGGCGAUCCUUGUACAAUAAAUAAACGGAGGAGAGA